GCGGGCGUCUCAGGGCGGAGACGCGUGGUUCCUGGAACCUUCCGUCAUCGCCUGUCGGGUCAUCGACCGCGGGAGGGAGGGGAGGCUUCGUAUUUUUAAGGCUAGGUCUCACAACGCCGCGCCGGUUUGAUUUCCGAUGCGUCACGUAUUAGCUCCCGUUACACGGGAGAUGGCACUCGGCGGGAGUAUUUUUCGUGAAGUCGAGGAACGUAAGAGUUUUGCAAAAACCGGUGGAGGAUGGCGCUAACAAAAGUUCACAAAGCCAAAGGGAAACUUUAUAGCAUUAACUGUUCAGUGAAUUUUGACAAGAUGUAAUACAAGUCUAUUGCUUAUAUAAUUCAUGGUAAACCUUACGAGUAAUGCAGUACUCACAUAUCACAUUUCCGGUAUGACCACAGUAAUGUUUGCGCAGUCUUUAGAUUUUUUUUUUAUUGAAUUGUGGGGUGUCAAAUGUUUUACAUCAAAUAACAGGGAAAUUGACCUCUUGUUAAAUGUUUGGUUGAACAGGGAAUAUAGAGCAGACUCAGGUCAGGGGAGUUGCCUGGAGUGAGAAUGUGAGAACCGGUUUUGAGUCGAGCAGAACCAUAAAUCGAUGUGUCAAGCGAAAGGUUCAAUCAUGGUUAUUUGUCUGACUUUAUACAUCAUUUACCAAUUAGCCUCUACUGGCGAUAAAAUUUGCAGCAGAACAAAAAAUGCAAUUAAAAAUGGUGGAACUCCAAAGAAUUGGCCAUGGAUAAAAAAUAGUCUCGAAAUGUCAGUUGUUAAUUAAUUCCUUCCCAUUCGCCAUUUUUUAUAUUUAAUAUUACUGUUUCCAAUUUUAUUUAAAUUACAAACUCGAUACUGUCUGCGUGUGCGUAAAAGUUCAAAAAUUGCAAGAUUGCUUGUAGCAAGUGUAAAUGUAGAUUUUAUCGCGUAACGUUCUGAAUAGAGCAAAACAGCUGUAUUUGCGGCACUCAAGUUUAGUUAAAGAGAUUUCAGUUGUAAAUUGGUAUGUAUAUAAUGUGGGUGUGUAAACGCUGCUGUAAAAUGUUAAUGUCUUUUUCUUUUCAUAAUUUUUAUACGGUAUUUUAUUUUUAACAAACAGGAUCCACCUAAGUAGGCAACCAGAAUUUUUUUUUAGUUAGUACUUCAACCAUUUGUAAGCAACCAUUAAUGGGUCACGAUUAACGUAUCAAUGUGGUCUCUUUUUAUUCCAUUUAUGAAUUUAUUCGGGUCCAUAAAUGUACAUUCUUCAUCUCCACGUGGCUCUGAAAGACCAAGGUCAUAAACCGAAACUCGAGCGACUUAAGAGGCCUCACCGCACUGCGCAUAAUUUGGGAAGGCGUCCAUUCGAUUCCUUGCGGGAAUAUAAAAUGUAAUCCGUCGAUGAAACAAAUAAACACAAGGCUUGUUGGUUGAGCGGACAGGAGCGGUGUAACUUGGCCCGGCAGGCACACUCCGAUCAUAGUUCGGAAGUUUCUUAUUUUAGUUUUGAAAAUACGAAGCUAAACCUGACAUAACUACGAACAAAACUGUUAACGAAAAAAAUAUUUUUCAUGUUCAUAUUUUGGUAUCUUCUUCAUUAAAAUAGCCCUUUACCUGUAUAUAAUAAAAUAAACGUAUGUACCUGAUAUAUGUAAAUAAAAAAAAAUCUUAUAUGUACGUAUGUAAGACGUUAAAUUUUUGUAUUAGUAUAUUACGCAAAAGAAAGAUGUAUAUAAAUAAAAUCCAUGUAAUCAAAUAAUAUUUAAUCUUGUUGAUGUUCGGCCACCCUUUAAAGAUUUUGGACGUAAGUUAUUAUUCCCUUCUGUUUUUGUAUUAAUAUGCAGAUUAGGCAGCAUCUGGGCUAGCAAGUGAGUACCUUGUGUGUGUUAAAACUAGCUUAAUGGAGUGGUGCUUGCAGUGAGAGUUAGGUUUAGAAUGGAGGAAGGUGGGAAAAUAUCUCCUCCCUACGUCACCCACGGGUAAACCUAUACCUGCGUAGGUAUUCGCUAAAUAUGUGUUUGCUAGUAUUUAGCUUGUGCGUUAGUAUGUAUCACGCCACGUCUCCGUAGCAAUGUAUGAAUGUAGGCGUGUGUGCGCUUGUAAUAUCCUCCGGCGGGCGAUGCGUGACGCUUUGGCCGUGGUGCUCGCUGAUAGCGCGCGGAGUCCAGGAACCUCGGCCAAAGUGCUCGCUGAUAGCGCGCUGGACACAAGCACCUCGGCCAAGGUGCUCACUGACAGCGCGCAGGGUCCAGGCACCUCGGCCAAGGUGCUCGCUGAUAGCGCGCUGGACACAAGCACCUCGGCCAAGGUGCUCACUGACAGCGCGCAGGGUCCAGGCACCUCGGCCAAAGUGCUCGAUGAUAGCGCGCCGGACACAAGCACCUCGGCCAAGGUGCUCGCUGAUAGCGCGCUGGACACAAGCACCUCGGCCAAGGUGCUCACUGACAGCGCGCAGGGUCCAGGCACCUCGGCCAAAGUGCUCGAUGAUAGCGCGCCGGACACAAGCACCUCGGCCAAGGUGCUCGCUGACAACGCGCAGGGUCCAGGCACCUCGGCCAAAGUGCUCGCUGAUAGCGCGCUGGACACAAGCACCUCGGCCAAGGUGCUCACUGACAGCGCGCAGGGUCCAGGCACCUCGGCCAAAGUGCUCGCUGAUAGCGCGCUGGACACAAGCACCUCGGCCAAGGUGCUCACUGACAGCGCGCAGGGUCCAGGCACCUCGGCCAAAGUGCUCGAUGAUAGCGCGCCGGACACAAGCACCUCGGCCAAGGUGCUCGCUGAUAGCGCGCUGGACACAAGCACCUCGGCCAAGGUGCUCACUGACAGCGCGCAGGGUCCAGGCACCUCGGCCAAAGUGCUCGCUGAUAGCGCGCCGGACACAAGCACCUCGGCCAAGGUGCUCACUGACAGCGCGCAGGGUCCAGGCACCUCGGCCAAAGUGCUCGCUGAUAGCGCGCUGGACACAAGCACCUCGGCCAAGGUGCUCACUGACAGCGCGCAGGGUCCAGGCACCUCGGCCAAAGUGCUCGAUGAUAGCGCGCCGGACACAAGCACCUCGGCCAAGGUGCUCGCUGAUAGCGCGCUGGACACAAGCACCUCGGCCAAGGUGCUCACUGACAGCGCGCAGGGUCCAGGCACCUCGGCCAAAGUGCUCGCUGAUAGCGCGCCGGACACAAGCACCUCGGCCAAGGUGCUCACUGACAGCGCGCAGGGUCCAGGCACCUCGGCCAAAGUGCUCGCUGAUAGCGCGCUGGACACAAGCACCUCGGCCAAGGUGCUCACUGACAGCGCGCAGGGUCCAGGCACCUCGGCCAAAGUGCUCGAUGAUAGCGCGCCGGACACAAGCACCUCGGCCAAGGUGCUCGCUGAUAGCGCGCUGGACACAAGCACCUCGGCCAAGGUGCUCACUGACAGCGCGCAGGGUCCAGGCACCUCGGCCAAAGUGCUCGCUGAUAGCGCGCCGGACACAAGCACCUCGGCCAAGGUGCUCACUGACAGCGCGCAGGGUCCAGGCACCUCGGCCAAGGUGCUCGCUGAUAGCGCGCAGGGUCCAGGCACCUCGGCCAAAGUGCUCGCUGAUAGCGCGCCGGACACAAGCACCUCGGCCAAGGUGCUCACUGACAGCGCGCAGGGUCCAGGCACCUCAGCCGAGGUGCUAGCUGAUAGCGCGCUGGACACAAGCACCUUGGCCAAGGUGCUCACUGACAGCGCGCAGGGUCCAGGCACCUCGGCCAAAGUGCUCGAUGAUAGCGCGCCGGACACAAGCACCUCGGCCAAGGUGCUCGCUGAUAGCGCGCUGGACACAAGCACCUCGGCCAAGGUGCUCACUGACAGCGCGCAGGGUCCAGGCACCUCGGCCAAAGUGCUCGCUGAUAGCGCGCCGGACACAAGCACCUCGGCCAAGGUGCUCACUGACAGCGCGCAGGGUCCAGGCACCUCAGCCAAGGUGCUCGCUGAUAGCGCGCAGGGUCCAGGCACCUCGGCCAAAGUGCUCGCUGAUAGCGCGCCGGACACAAGCACCUCGGCCAAGGUGCUCACUGACAGCGCGCAGGGUCCAGGCACCUCAGCCGAGGUGCUAGCUGAUAGCGCGCUGGACACAAGCACCUCGGCCAAGGUGCUCACUGACAGCGCGCAGGGUCCAGGCACCUCGGCCAAAGUGCUCGAUGAUAGCGCGCCGGACACAAGCACCUCGGCCAAGGUGCUCGCUGACAGCGCGCAGGGUCCAGGCACCCCAGCCGAGGUGCUCGCUGAUAGCGCGCCGGACACAAGCACCUCGGCCAAGGUGCUCACUGACAGCGCGCAGGGUCCAGGCACCCCAGCCGAGGUGCUCGCUGAUAGCGCGCCGGACACAAGCACCUCGGCCAAGGUGCUCGCUGACAGCGCGCAGGGUCCAGGCACCCCAGCCGAGGUGCUCGCUGAUAGCGCGCGGGGCCCAGGCACCUCGGCUGUUGGCCGAUCCUUGCGCAAGCGACGAUAAAUAAAGAUAGCGCGUUGUGCAAACAUGGCGAGGCGUGGCGAGGCUCGGGAGUCGCAAGGCCGACACGCCCGUUAGUUUGUAUUCCCUGGGAGAUUUUCCGUGAGCAGGUGGGUGGGGUAAGCCUCCCCACUACCCUGGAAUAAUAAAGCCCCACACUGUACACCGUUGGAAUUACAGUAAAUUCGCGGGCAUUUAAUGUAGAACUGAACUAAAAUAAACGAAGAUUCUUCGUAAUUUGAAAUAACGGUAUCUUCGUAGAAACUUAACCGUAUUUGGACUUCCCCGUGGUUUAUUUCGUUCUAAACAAAGGCAAACACACGAGUGGACAAAAGAAAAGUGUUAUUGCUGUAGACGUGACCCGUUUUUAAAUGUUUUAUAAAUAUGCCAAUAAUAUUCUUUUGGAUUUGUGUUCAAAGUAAGUGAGCUCAGUGUCCGUAAAAUUACCCAGAUCCCUGGAUAAUGUGUUACCAGCGUUCUUUAUGAAUUGAAGGUGGAAAUUUCUAUCAUUGUAGAAGCAGUCGUAAACUGCGAAACGAGGACCAUAAGUGCAAUUUUAUCGCCAAAACCUAUGUUUUAAGGGCACACUUUCUCAGGCGGGAAUGUAGGUGCGACGCUCACUGGUGCUUAUAGCGCGAAGUCGCCUCUGGACUGGUGCGCAGUCUUCUCGUCACAUCUAGGAUAUCUUUGAGAUUUUAGCGGGAAUCAACAUGGAGGUAAAUAUGUAGGCAAUAUUGACAGAACAAGUGGCAUAAGGGUAAGUAGACCACCGGUGUCAAACCUGAAACAAGUUGCGUGGGACAGACUAUAUCUGGUCUCGCGAGCUGCGCUCCUUAGCGUUGUGCUUGGGUUGGAGGUCCUAACCAUCUCGGAUUAUUUUUUUAAUGUUUAUUUGUGAAUAAUCUUUCGGAUGAAAUGUUAGAAAAUUCCAACCGAUUUUCUGGCUGUAAGAAUGUUGGGUGACAUUUAGUAUUUCUCUUGCAAAAUAAAAUGUAUAUUUUUUUAUUUAUUUAGUACCUUUAUCGUUUUAAUUAAAAAAACAAUACAUGAUCAUUAAUAAUUUUAUAAGAAUAGUCAAAAAAUUUCGUAUCCGAUAUUGGCUAAUAUAUAAAAUAAUUAUAACUCAAAAAUUGAGUUAAAAGUGUAGCAUGGUAUACAAAUCUGAAGACGCUAUUUUGAAAUCAUUUUUUUUACAUUAAAAUUUUUUGAUACAUAGGUAUUUAUUAACAAUUAACCUUAUAAUCAGGGCCGGCGCGUCCAUACAGGCAAACUAGGCAACCGCCUAGUGCGCGAAGUAGCUGGGGGCGGCGCAGCACGACACAUAACAGCUGAUAUCAUACGUUUAACAAUUAUUGAAACCAGAUGAAAAUGGAUUUUUGUAACAGUUUGGAAUGUUUAUAUUGAUAUAAGUUAUUAUUUAAAGUCCACGGUGACCUGUUUAUGAUUUGUAAAAAGUAAAAAAAAGUAAAAAAAAAAACACAAGCCUGCUUACAUUUGAUUGUUGACAAAAUCUUAGGCUUACGUGAUGUAUUUUGAGGCAAGGAAAUUUUUUUUGUGGUGUCCGGCGGGGGGGGGGGGGGGGGGAGCAUAAGUUUUUCGCCUAGGGCGCCAAUUUACCUUGCACCGGCCCUGCUUAUAAUAAUAGCGGAGUUACAAUAUCGACUGCAGCCAUAAAUGAAUUCUUAAAAAUAUUUCAGUAUUAAACACUAUUUAUUUUACUGGGCUGGGUAGUUGCAGAAGGUGGGGAUAUUUUUACGCAAAAAUAAUUCAGUUAAAUUAUUUACUGUGCUUUCACGGACAGAAAAUUUAAAUAAUUAGAGUUCGAAGAUUGUUAUGACUUCAUCAUUGUUGAAUCCAAAAAAGUAUUUUUUUUAUCUCUCAUCCUUAACAUGCUGCAGAUAUGCACCAAGAAUACUUGCUGGUAUUUGUAUCUCUUGGUUAUGUUAAUGGAGACCCGUAAAUUUUGCAGAUUCGAUUGGCGCCAUAAAUUCAAAGUCACAUGUUUUCUCUACCAAUGUUUUUUUUACGUUGGAUUAUUUAUAUGCGAAAACAAUUUUUUUUAUUCGUGUUGAUUGGCACUACCUGAUUCACUCACUUCUCUCCUAGCUGGAUAUAAUUGGCUGACGGUCGCAAAGGGACGUGUUCAAAUACCUGCUGCCCAAUCAUGAACACAGUGCAAGAGUAUGAAUGUUUGCGUUCUAGCUUGUGACCAAAUAAAUGAACUUAAUUUUCAUACCUCUAAUUUUAUGUAUAGAGACCGGUAAAAGAAAUCGCGGAUUCAUUUCGCAACAGGCUAAAAUUGAAAUGCACAUAUCUUCGAGCUGCUUUUGCUAUUGGCUCACUAUUUAUCUGGAGGUCCCUGGGACCAACGACAAACCCUCAACCAAAGAACAACCCAAUCACAGACAAUCCAGUAGCGAAGGUUCACAAGUCAGCAACCAAAGAACUGGCGUUAUUUUCCCGAGUGCACAGAGGACUUUGUAGUCUACCCUGAAGGUCAUUGAAUCCGCGAACUUUUUCCUGUCCCUAAUUAUGUAUUAUUCGGGACCUGUCGCUGGAUAAUUAGUUACCAAUCACAAACUAGCAAGUAGCGCGUGACCCGACCACGAGGAAGCAAAGCUGGAGGGUACAAUUUGUGCGGAAGCCAAUCAAAAAGCGACACUGCCCGGAUAAUGUACAGUUAAGUGGAAUCUAAGCUGAUACCAGAAAAUAACGCGUGUUUCUGUCUUUGUGUCUUCUCUGUCCCUUGCGGCGAAUGGGCAUAAAGCGGGGAAAUGUAUUUUUCGCAAAAAAAAAAGUAUCGUUAAGGUAUACCUGCGCUAGCGAUUUAUCCUUUGUAAUUAGCGGCCGUCUGCAAGAGGAGCCAUUGCCCUAUUUCACCGGGCCAUUCAGGACGCGUUUUGCUUCCUCACUGGACGGUUGUGAUUGGUGUGAUGUCAGUAGACAUGCACCUGAAAUAAACCCAACCAAUCACGUAACACAAGGGCAAUACUACAAAGUUUUAACGCACAGCUAGUCUGGGAAUUGUUGCACGAAUAUCGCAUUUCCCUAGCGAUAAGUAGGUACUGCCAAAAAUUCUCCGGUUCACUGAAAACCAAGGAUAGAUACCACAGACGUAUCUACACACGGUCAAGAGCUCCCUGCUCAUUGGUUGCUGGCUUGAGAGAUUCUUAACCUGGGUUGCCUGUGAUUCGAUACUUCUUUU